UGUCUCCUGCUUUCCACGAUCAACAUGGAAGGGCUUAAUUAAUGCAUGUGUCCCUCCUGCCCUGAAGCUAAUGAAUUUUAAUUCGCCGUUUGAGACUGGACUUGCGUUUUUUUGGCCGCAAAAGCACUGGAAUUUCCUUGUACAGAGUGGAUAACACGGAGGUAUCUGCCGAAUAAUACGUCUUCAGAAAAGAGGCAAAUUAUGCCAGCAGCACCAGAGUCCCUCCCCCUGGUGACUUGCCAGCCCAUUGGUCAGACCGCUCUGUGCACCACCUCUAGCCCCGCCCUCUCCCCUGGCAGAUCCAUGCUGCUGGACACGCCCCACAGAGCCACGCCCACACCAUGAGCGCCAACGGGCCCGCCCCUGUGGCCCUGGCUACGGCCCCAGCUGCAACCCCAGUCGCCCCGCCGGUUGCCGCUCCGGUAGCCGCCCCCACGGCUGCCCCGGUCCCUGUGCCGACCGUCCCAGUGGGCGCGUUGGCACAGAAGAAGCGGGCGCAGUAUGCCAAAAGCAAGAAGCAGGGCAGCAACGCCAACACCAGGCCUGCCAGGGCCCUGUUCUGCCUCAAACUCAACAACCCCAUACGAAGAGCCUGCAUCAGCCUGGUGGAGUGGAAGCCAUUUGAUAUCUUUAUAUUAAUUGCUAUAUUUGCCAACUGUAUGGCCUUAGCUGUGUACAUCCCCUUCCCUCAGGAUGACUCCAACUCCACAAACCAUGACCUGGAAACGGUAGAACAUGUCUUCCUCGUCAUUUUCACUAUAGAAACCUUCCUGAAGAUUAUCGCCUAUGGUUUAGUGGCGCACCAGAACGCAUAUGUGAGAAACGGAUGGAACAUGCUGGAUUUUGUCAUUGUCGUUGUUGGACUGUUCAGUGUUGUACUGGAGCUUUUGACCAAAGACUCUGUAGAGACGAAGGAGGAGGCAGAGGCGGGUGCGGCUGCAGCAGCGGCAGCGGCAGCGCUCCACCCCUCCGCGCAAGGCCAUGGGGGAAAGUCAGGCGGCUUCGACGUCAAAGCCCUCCGGGCCUUCCGUGUACUGCGACCCCUACGCCUGGUCUCAGGAGUGCCCAGUUUACAGGUUGUGUUGAACUCCAUUAUUAAAGCCAUGGUCCCUCUCCUCCACAUCGCCCUGCUGGUCCUGUUUGUCAUCAUCAUCUACGCCAUCAUCGGCCUGGAGCUCUUCAUUGGCAAAAUGCACGCUACCUGCUUCUUCCCCAGCACAGGCAUGAUAGCAGAGGAUGAUCCGGCUCCGUGUGCGAUCUCAGGGCAUGGGCGCCAAUGUCCCAUCAACGGCACCGAGUGCAGGGAGGGCUGGCACGGCCCCAACAACGGCAUCACCAACUUUGACAACUUCCUGUUCGCCAUGCUGACCGUGUUCCAGUGUAUCACCAUGGAGGGCUGGACAGACGUGCUCUACUGGAUGAAUGAUGCUAUGGGUCUAGAGCUUCCAUGGGUCUACUUUGUUUCUCUGGUUAUCUUCGGCUCCUUCUUUGUUCUAAACCUGGUUCUGGGAGUGUUGAGCGGAGAGUUCUCCAAGGAGAGAGAGAAGGCCAAGGCCAGAGGAGACUUCCAGAAGCUGAGAGAGAAGCAGCAGCUAGAGGAGGACCUGAAGGGCUACCUGGACUGGAUCACUCAGGCCGAGGACAUCGACCCUGACAACGAGGACGAGGAGGGCAACGAGGAGGGCAAACGCAACCCGAGUAUGCCAGCCAGUGAGACGGAGUCGGUGAACACAGAGAAUGUGGCCGAGGAUGAGGUGAAGACACCAUGCUGUGGACCUUUUUGUCAAAAAAUUUCUAAGUCAAAGUUCAGUCGGCGCUGGCGUCGCUGGAACAGGUUCUGCCGCAGGAAGUGCCGGUUGGCGGUGAAAUCAGUGCCUUUUUAUUGGCUGGUGAUCAUCCUGGUGUUUCUCAACACUCUCACCAUCUCCUCAGAGCACUACAUGCAGCCUGACUGGCUCACUCAAGUACAGGACGUGGCAAACAAGGUUCUGCUGGGAUGUUUUACGUGUGAGAUGAUGACCAAGAUGUACAGUCUGGGCCUGCAGGCCUACUUCGUGUCCCUGUUCAACCGCUUCGACUGCUUUGUAGUGUGUGGAGGCAUCACAGAGACCAUCCUGGUGGAGCUGGCCAUCAUGUCUCCUCUCGGCAUCUCUGUGUUCCGCUGUGUCCGCCUGCUCAGGAUCUUCAAGGUCACACGUCACUGGCAGUCUCUCAGUAACUUGGUGGCAUCGCUGCUCAACUCCAUGAAGUCCAUCGCCUCCCUGCUCCUCCUCCUCUUCCUCUUCAUCAUCAUCUUCUCCCUGCUGGGCAUGCAGGUGUUCGGAGGCAAGUUCAACUUCGACGAGACACAGACCAAGAGGAGCACCUUCGAUAACUUCCCCCAGGCACUGCUCACUGUGUUUCAGAUCCUAACAGGUGAAGACUGGAACGCUGUGAUGUAUGACGGCAUCAUGGCAUACGGCGGCCCUUCCUCCUCAGGGAUGAUCGUCUCCUUCUACUUCAUCAUCCUCUUCAUCUGCGGAAACUACAUCCUGCUGAACGUCUUCUUGGCUAUCGCUGUGGACAACUUGGGAGACGCAGAGUCUCUCAAUGCUCCGCGAGACAAAAAGGAAGUGAAAAAGGAAGAGGUGCCAGUGGAGGAGGAAGAGGAGAAUGCUGCAGCAGAGGAGGAGGAGGAGCCGGAGGUUCCAGCAGGGCCACGCCCACCCAUCUCUGAACUGGUCAAGAAGGAGAAGAUCACUCCCAUCCCUGAUGGCACCGCCUUCUUUAUCUUCAGCAAGACCAACCCGAUCCGGGUGGGAUGUCAUAAACUCAUCAAUCACCACAUCUUCACCAACCUCAUCUUGGUCUUCAUCAUGCUCAGCUCUGUCUCCCUCGCUGCAGAGGACCCCAUACGCAACUUCUCUGCUCGCAACAUUAUACUUGGUUACUUUGACUAUGCUUUCACGGCUAUCUUUACUGUUGAGAUCCUGUUGAAGAUGACCACAUAUGGGGCGUUCCUCCAUAAAGGAGCGUUCUGUAGGAACACCUUCAACCUGCUGGAUCUGCUGGUGGUGGGGGUCUCCCUGGUCUCCUUCUGCAUCCAGUCCUCUGCCAUCUCAGUGGUGAAGAUUCUGAGGGUCCUGCGUGUGCUUCGGCCCCUGAGGGCCAUCAACAGAGCCAAAGGUCUCAAGCACGUAGUCCAGUGUGUGUUUGUGGCCAUCAGGACCAUCGGUAACAUCAUGAUCGUCACCACACUGCUGCAGUUCAUGUUCGCCUGCAUAGGAGUACAGCUCUUUAAGGGGAAGUUUUACCGCUGCACAGACGAAGCCAAGUCCAGCCCAGACGAAUGCAAGGGCACCUACAUCCAUUUUAAGGACGGGGACGUGAACCAGCCGGCCAUCCAUAAGAGAGUGUGGCACAACAGCGAGUUCAACUUUGACAACGUGCUGAUGGCUAUGAUGGCUCUUUUCACCGUGUCUACCUUCGAGGGCUGGCCUUCGUUGCUGUACAAGGCCAUAGACUCGAACAGGGAGAACCUGGGUCCCAUCUACAACUACCGCAUCGAGAUCUCCAUCUUCUUCAUUAUCUACAUCAUCAUCAUCGCUUUCUUCAUGAUGAACAUCUUCGUCGGCUUCGUCAUCGUCACCUUCCAGGAGCAGGGAGAGAAAGAGUACAAGAACUGUGAGCUUGAUAAGAACCAGCGUCAGUGUGUGGAGUAUGCCCUGAAAGCCCGUCCGUUGAGGAGGUAUAUCCCUAAGAACCCCUACCAGUAUAAGUUCUGGUACGUGGUCAACUCCACAGGGUUUGAAUACAUCAUGUUCGUCCUCAUCAUGCUCAACACACUAUGCCUGGCUGUGCAGCACUAUGGCCAGUCUGCAACAUUUAACUAUGUGAUGGACAUCCUCAACAUGGUCUUCACUGCUGUUUUCACUGCAGAGAUGGUUCUCAAACUCAUCGCCUUCAAACCAAGGCACUAUUUCACUGACGCGUGGAACACGUUUGAUGCCUUAAUUGUAGUUGGUAGCGUCGUUGAUAUCGCUAUCACUGAAGUUAAUCCAACGGAGGCUCCUCAGUUGGAUGAGUCGGGGAACACGGAGGACAGUGCUCGCAUCUCCAUCACCUUCUUCCGACUGUUCCGAGUCAUGCGAUUGGUCAAGCUGCUGAGUAGAGGGGAGGGCAUCCGUACCCUCCUGUGGACCUUCAUCAAGUCCUUUCAAGCUCUGCCCUAUGUCGCCCUUCUGAUCGCCAUGCUCUUCUUCAUCUAUGCUGUCAUCGGCAUGCAGGUGUUUGGGAAGGUAGCCAUGGUGGACGGCACCCACAUCAACAGGAACAACAACUUUCAGACCUUCCCUCAGGCCGUGUUGCUGCUCUUCAGGUGUGCCACGGGGGAGGCGUGGCAGGAGAUCAUGUUGGCGUGUGUGUCUGGAAAGUUGUGUGACCCAGAGUCAGACUACAACCCUGGAGAGGAGAUGACCUGUGGAGCCAGCUUCGCCUACAUCUACUUCAUCAGCUUCUACAUGCUCUGUGCCUUCCUGAUUAUAAAUUUGUUUGUGGCUGUCAUCAUGGACAACUUUGACUAUCUGACUCGUGAUUGGUCGAUCCUGGGUCCUCACCACUUGGACGAGUUUAAGAGGAUCUGGUCUGAGUACGACCCAGAGGCCAAGGGCAGGAUUAAACAUCUGGACGUGGUCACUCUGCUCCGACGCAUUCAGCCUCCUCUAGGCUUCGGCAAACUCUGUCCUCAUAGAGUGGCCUGCAAGAGACUGGUGGCCAUGAACAUGCCUCUAAACAGCGACGGCACCGUCAUGUUCAAUGCUACCCUGUUUGCAUUAGUACGCACCGCCCUGAAGAUCAAAACUGAUGGUAGGAGACUCACACACACACCACAACAGCACAACACCACAACAGUAUCAUCUGUACAGUUUGUGUUGAUAGUGAUAGGACAUGUGUUGUUUACCUGUGCUGUAGGUAAUCUGGAGCAGGCCAACGAGGAGCUGAGAGCGGUCAUCAAGAAGAUCUGGAAGAGGACCAGUAUGAAGCUGCUGGACCAAGUGGUGCCCCCUGCUGGUGAUGAUGAGGUAACCGUGGGGAAGUUCUAUGCCACCUUCCUGAUACAGGACUACUUUAGGAAAUUCAAGAAACGUAAAGAGGAGGGCCUGGUAGGGGUGCACGCCUCCCAAAACAACACAGCCAUCGCUCUACAGGCUGGCCUUCGCACACUACAUGAUAUCGGGCCUGAAAUCCGACGAGCGAUAUCAUGUGACCUGCAAGAUGACGAGCUAGUAGACUUUAUUCCAGAGGAGGACGAGGAGAUUUAUAGGCGCAACGGCGGCCUGUUCGGUAACCAUGUCAACCACGUGAACGGGGACCACCACCGGCGCUCGUCAGGUCACCAGACUAACGCCACCCAGCGGCCCCUGCAGGUGCAGCCGCCUCCGCACUAUGCCCACAUGGAGCAACCGGUGGGGCGUCUCUGCCGGGCCAAUGCCAUGUCCCACCCCAACCACCACCACCACCACCAUCGCCACCACCACCACCACAACUCCUCCUACGGCAAGUCGCCCAAGUCCACCAAUAUCAACUUGAACAACGCCAACAUGUCCAGUCUGCCCAACGGAGGAGGGCACCACCACCGCUACUAUGAGCACGCUCCGCCCCCCGCCAACGGUUACCCUGGACACCGCGGCGGCCCCUACUACCCCGACUACGACAAGCCGCCUCCUCGCGGCACGCCGCAGGGACAAAGAAGGCGCUACUAUGAGACCUAUGUUAGGUCCCACAUGGGAGAUGCCCGCCACCCCACCAUCCGGCGGGAGGAGGAGUUUGACGAUGACAGGUACUCAGGAGAGUACUAUAGCGGGGAGGAGUUCUACGAGGACGACAGCAUGUUGUCAGGAGACAGAAUGUCCUAUAAGGAAUACCUGGACAGGUACCAGAACAGUGACACGGAGUACGAGACUCCUAGAGGCUACCACCACCCCGACAGUUACUAUGACGACGAUGAGCAGCCCCUCUACCAAGACGGAAGGAGGUCGCCUAAGAGACGGAUGCUUCCUGCCACGCCCCAAGGUCACAGGAGGCCCUCCUUCAAUUUUGAGUGUCUGAGAAGGCAAGGCAGUCAGGACGAGCUGCCACACCAACGCACUGCGCUACCACUGCACCUAAUGCAGCACCAGGUGAUGGCUGUAGCAGGGCUGGACUCCAGCAGAGCCCACCGUCUCUCCCCCACCCGCUCCACCCGCUCCUGGGCCACUCCCCCCGCCACUCCAGCCAGUAAGGAGCAGUCGCCCUUCUACACGCCCCUCAUCAGGGUCGAUCUCCCCGGACGCAGGGAGAGCGCCGCCAGCAGCCAGGUGUCUGUGAGGAAGAGUUCGUGGUACACAGACGACCCAGAAUACUCCCAGAGGACCUACUCCCCCGUCCACCUCCAGCUGCCCCCAGAGUACCGACAGCAUUACCACCAGAAGAGAGGCAGUGCCACCAGCCUGGUGGAGGCGGUUUUGAUAUCAGAGGGGCUCGGGAGAUAUGCCAAGGAUCCAAAGUUCGUGGCGGCCACCAAGCACGAGAUAGCGGACGCGUGCGAGAUGACCAUUGACGAGAUGGAGAGCGCGGCCAGCCACUUGCUGAACGGCGGCUUGGCGCCGGCGGUUAAUGGGGUCAACGUGUACCCCGUCAUGAGCGAGCAGGACUACGACCUCCAGGACGCCACGGCCAGUUACAGUGACGAGGAGCCGGAGGUGGAGCUUAGAUUGCCGUACGAGGAGGACCUGGCAGACGAGAUGAUCUGCAUCACCACUUUAUAGCAUCGGCUGGAGAAUAAACUACCAGAAACUAACUACUAGCUGUAUGUACUCUACUUCAUAUAGACUACAGUACCAUCUGUGGAAAACUAAAUGACAAAUGCAUCUAUUGGCUUACGACCAAAAGAAGUGCCUUUUACAUGGAAGAGAAAGGCACCUAUGAGGAGAGAGAGACACACUGGCCCCGCCCACUUAUUCUCUCACUCGCCCUCUGCCAGCCAGGGAAUUCACAUCACUUCUGUCAGUCACAGGGCCAGGAGCCAAUCCUGGUGCCAGGGAACCAUGUUAGUCUUGCCUCCCAGACCAACACUACUGGCACAUAGGGGGCCAUGACCAUCUGUCAUAGGUCACCGUCUGGAGGUGACACUCACAGGUUCAUCAACGAGCCAAUCGCAGAAGACGACAUGGCGUGUCAGUGGAGGAGAUGGACCAUUUGGCAGAGGCGUGAGGUACCAGGGGGCAGGUCGUUAAGGGUGAUGACAAUCAGAUGUAAGAUGUCAUUCCCUCUGUCACUUUAUUAAGAUUUUGGCAUAUCAUGCAAGUUUUCAAUGCAAGCAUAGAAAGGCAUAUCUCCCCCCACCUAACCCCCCUUAGAUGUUUUAGUAUAACUUUGAUCCAGGAAUCAUUGACAUAAAUAAUUAAAAGAUCGUUGUAGAUGGGUCACAACUAACAGAUUCUUAGAGAAUAACCAGUUUACGUAUGCAGGAGAUAUCAGUCACAUUUAUAGCAUCAUCAAACUGGAGAUAUACACUUCUGAGACGACUACUACAGCAUGGAAUACAUGCACUAGCAGGCAGGUUGUUUUUAAUUUGACAACAGCCUGAUGAUGAAUAUUUCAUAGUAGAUAUACUGUAAAUGAAUUGUAUUAUAUAAACAAAAAGAAAAACUUUGUAAAGAGAUGUUCUAUAUUUUGUAAUUGUGUACCAUUUCAAAAGAAGAUCAGCAAUACACACCCUAAUGAAUCCUAUUAUGCUACCAGGAAAGAAGAUCGCUGGUGUUAUAUUUUAUUAGGGACAAUAUUCUGACAUUUAUUUGCCUUUUCUUUGUUGUUGCUCAUAUGCAUCCUUGACUUGUCUGUGAACAGCUUUUUUUAAUUGUUUUGUUUUUCGUGUAACAACACAGCUGCACAAGAUAUGCAAAUGUCUUUGUUUUUUUACUUGUUUUAUGAGCAUAAGAACACUGUAUACAGUGAGGGAAUAAAGUAUUUGAUCCCCUGCUGAUUUUGUACGUUUGCCCACUGACAA